GUUUUUUUGUAUUCUUGACUCAGCUCACGCAUCAUACCCUCGCUAUCGCUACAAGCUGAUUUGAUAAUCCCCCAAAACAGGACCGCCACGAUGGUUCUCAAGCAUUGGCAACCUCAUGUUCGGCAUUGCAUGGGCGGGAACUAACUCGAAGUCUGUUAGAAUGUACGUUAAGUGCCGAGGCGAGAACCUUCAAUUGGACAAGCAGAGCGAUCGAAGCUUCGAUCUUAACUGUUCCGAGUCGUUUACCCCGUGCGCAAGCGUUCGGCGGCAUGCAUUACCGCCUUGGAUCACAGUUGACAGAACAAUCACCCCGCCCCAAAGAACGGUUCAUUCUGUUCUGGCCCUCUUCACCGCUUUUAGGAGGCGUCGUGCUGGGAAGAUCGUGGUCAGUUGAAAUAGUGAGCCAGCGCGCCGGUAUCUUCAAGGCUCAUAAGGUUUCGACGAGACCCAUCAUCUUGGAUCAGCGUUUGAAAAUACGCAAGUGAGAUUCCUUUCAUCAUGUCGCUCCUAUCAUCCGUCGGCGCGUGGUCGUUCAAUCCCUUAGUGGAGGCUUUCCCUGCUACUGUUCUCCCUAACAUCGCGUACUGGAAUGUCUCCAACGGCACAUGGGAGUACCAGGUUCAAGUCUCGUGGCCACUGAACUGGACAUCAAGAGAUGUUGACAGUUCCGUUGAAACUCUCUACGUUCUCGAUGGAAACGCGCUGGCCCAUACAGCCACCGAAGCCUUCCGCAAGCGUCGGCCCGUGGAGUUCGGUCAACCGGACACAAUCGUUGUGAGCAUCGGAUAUCCCAAGCUCCAGCCGGACUCCCCUUACUCGGAUGGCCGGUACUACGACUAUCAAAUGCCCGUUUGCGCUACUUGCCCACCACAGCAGGAUGCCCCAGGUGUGCCAUCAGGCGCGGAUGCUUUUAUUACCUUCCUCGAUAAUGUUCUCCGGCCUUGGAUCCACGGUUACUUCCCUAAUGUUGACUUCCACCGCGACGGCAUCUAUGGACAUUCAUUUGGCGGCCUCUUUGUUCUAUAUGCACUUCUCACGAACCCUGAUCUUUUCGACGUCUACCUCAGCGCCUCGCCAUAUCUGAUCUGGAACAAAGAAUACAUCUUCUCGAAAGACAGCCCUCUGUACAAGGCCGUCAAGCCAAAGAAAACGAAGCCAGCAUUCCAACUCAGCUAUGGUGCCCUGGAACAGGCGCCAAAGAAGAGGAGAACAGAGACACAGGCAGCAUUUGAGACAAGGAAGGCCUUCCUUUCUUCAUUGAAGACGGCAGACCUGAGCAAUAAGCUGUUCAACGAAAUCAAGAAGAGCCCGAAUCUGAGACACACUGAAUUGCAUACUUAUCCAUUCAGUUACCACGCAGCUUUGGGUGGAAACGCGUUGGCUGAUGGUAUUGAUUAUUUCUUGGACUGGCCCUGAUGGUAGGGAGCAAACGGGGAUACUCUCCGUGAUGGAGACAAAGUGGACGACACAAAUGAACUGAUGCACCUGUACAUACAAUAAUGAUAAAGCAAUCAGAC